UUAUCCUUCUAUACAAGCAAAGAAUGUAAGAAAGCCAAAAGAUUAGGCAAGAUCUGCAUAAUCAAGGAAUCUUGAAGGAAGAAGGUAUGUUGGAGCUUACUUGCAGGGAGGGGAAAGAGGAUACACCAAUGGGUCCACAAAGUAUAAGGGUCCUUGGCCCUAAAACUAAGACAUCAUUCAUGUUUCAUAAAUGUCCCUCUGAAUUAGUGUUCUAUCACAAAAACACUAGUGUUAUUAGCUCCUGAUACAUGCUAUAGUACUUGAAUCUAUCUGAAAUGGAAGAUGAGUGGGUGAUCAAGAUAAACGAUGAGCUGAUGCACGUCGAAGAUCUUACUAGUGUGGAGGCCGAGCACUGGAGGAAGCGAUCCAUUUAUAGAGUGCCUGUCUGUGUCACAGAUAUGAACAAGAAAGCUUACAAGCCUCAGGUAGUUUCUUUUGGUCCUUACCAUAAUGGAGAAGAUCAUCUCAAGGAAAUGGAAGUUCACAAGCACCGAGCUCUUCUUCACUUCCUCAAGCGAUCUGGAAAACCUUUAACGUGUUAUAUUGACUCCUUACAACAAGUAGCUCAAGAGCUGAAAGAUUCAUAUGAUUUGCUGGAUCCUGCUUGGCAAAAUGAUACUAAUGGCUUCUUGCGCUUGAUGAUUCUAGAUGGCUGCUUCAUGUUGGAGAUAUUGAGAACCGCUGCUGAUGAUCGUUUACUUAUAGAUCAAUCUCAACAUGCUCAGCCACAUGACUAUGCUCCUAAUGAUCCUAUUUUCAGCAAUCAUGGAAAGCUCCAUCUCAUGCCUUAUCUCAAGCGCGAUAUGCUGAUGCUCCAAAAUCAGUUACCUAUGCUCCUUCUAGACAAAUUACUCGCUAUUGAAAAUCAAGAGGCAAAGAGUGAUCGGUUACUCCUUGAUUGCAUUCAGCCGUAUGACGAGGAAUGUAUUAAUAAGCUCAUAUUGGACUUCUGCAAUCCUCAUACCCGUGCUAAAAGACUUGGUAAGUGUUUGCACAUAUUGGAUGUGUACAGAAAGAGCCUACUUUGGGAAGAUCCCAUGUUGCUCAAGACUCGUCCAAGAAAAGCACCAAAAAUUAGUCACCAGAGUGGUGGCGAUGAGAUCAUCCGCUCUGCCAUGGAGCUUAAUGAAGCAGGCAUUCGGUUUAAGAAGAGUAAAACCGGGAGCCUCAAGGACAUCUCCUUUCACGGAGGUAUCCUUAAGCUACCUCUGAUCGUGGUGGACGAUGCUACAGAAUCAAUGUUCUUAAACCUAAUAGCAUUUGAGAGAUUGCACGUAGGGGCGGGGAAUGAGGUAACAUCAUACAUCUUUUUCAUGGAUAACAUUAUUGACAAUGUCAAAGAUGUUAGCUUGCUACACUCUUGUGGCAUUAUUCAGAAUGCAAUUGGCAGCGAUAACGCUGUAGCCAAGUUAUUCAAUUCACUAUCCAAGGACAUCACACUGGAUCCAGAUAGCAGUCUAGAUCUAGUACACAAGCUGGUGAGCGAUUACUGCAAGUAUCCGUGGAAUGAAUGGCGAGCUAAUCUCAUUCACACAUACUUCAGGAGUCCCUGGGCCAUUUUAUCUGUUGUUGCUGCUAUUUUUCUUUUCGCCCUCACCAUUGUUUCGACAGUAUACGGGGUAUAUAGUUACUAUUAUCCCCAUUCCUAAGAACAAUCUGAAUAUUAAAAGACAAUCUCCCUUCUCUA